ACCCUAUCAGAUCACUUUUGCAAAGUUUUGCCGCGAGAAGCGCAGGAGUCGGACUGUCGGUGUGUGUUUUCUGUAAAAAAAAAUAACCCAAUAACUUAUUAAUCAAAGAUACUAAUCGAUACUUUACUAACUUACUAACUUGUUAGUGAAGCUCCGCGGCCCCCGGUGUGUGCUGAAGUCUUUCCCGGAGCACAGAGGCUCCUCAGCGGGCACAAAGCGCAGCAGCUCGCGCUGUUGUUGUCGUCGGAGCGUUAGCCGCUAGCCGGUAGCUAACAUGUUAGCUCCUCCAGGUAACAGCUUCCGGCCGUAGACUCACCUGUCUGUCCCCGCUGUCUCACUGCUGCUCCCCGGCUAGCUAACAUCUCCUGUCCGCGGCCUGACCUCAUGGAUCCCGGUGGAAGUGAACUGGACUCCAGCCUGCCUCAGCCCGAGAACCCGUGUCUGAUCGUGGAGGACUCCCAGCCGGACAGCGUCGCCCUGGAGGACGACCCCGAGAGCAGCUACCGAGCCCUGCUGGCCCGCCGCCUGUCCAGCCUGCAGCCCACCGCCCGCAGCCCGGUCCUGGAGCUGAUCUCGUCCCCGUUAGGAAGCCGAUGCUCUCAGACUGACAGCCAAUCAGAGAGCUCCCAGAGUAACAGCCAGGCUGAACCCG